AUGGGUGACGCUACCAUCGAGGGUUCUAAGUGGCGACUGGUCGAGGUCGGCCGUGUCGUCCUUCUCCAGGGCAACAGCCCCUACGCCGGCCGCCUUGCGACUAUCGUCGAGAUCAUCGACCACAAGCGCGCUCUGGUCGACGGCCCCUCCUCAGACGCUCAGCUCGCCGUCCCCCGCCAGCCCAUCUCCCUCUCCAACGUCCUCCUCUCCUCCCUCAAGGUCGAGGGCCUUCCCCGCGGCGCCCGCACCGGCACCGUCAAGAAGUUCUGGGCCAAGUCCGAGAUCGACGCCAAGUGGAAGGAGACCAACUGGUUCAAGCGCAGCACCCAGAUCGAGCGGAGAAAGAACCUCACCGACUUCGACCGCUUCAAGGUCCUCCGCCUCAAGAAGCAGCGCCGUUUCGAGCAGCGCAAGGAGCUGGUCAAGGUCAAGGCCGCGGCGUAA